AUGAACCUAUUAUUCACAGCGUACGACGCAGGAUCGAACAUCUUGUCCUCGUGGCGCACGUACCAGUCCGUGGCGACAAAGACAUCCACUCGCUUCUUCCACGCGUGGCGAGAUCAGUCUGAAGUUCGUCUGAGCGCUGGUCUAAGUGGUCUGCAGAUUUGGCACCCGUUUCUGGCUAUGAGGUCAGAGUGUGAGGACAUGAUCUUGAUUAGGAACGAUUGCCAACUGCUCGGGGGACCAUGUCGAUCAAGGCGACUUCUGGACUUACCGAAUGAUACACGUGAUUUUUCUGGCACAACGUUCUCUGAAACACCCCUGCUAUGAAAUAUUCGUCGGCGGCUCGGGGACCGCGUUCACAUCGGUCAAAAGAAACCAAACGCCGGUACCGUGUCAACGCCAACCUCCGUGCCGAGACCUUCAACAAGCCUACCGGAUCUCACCUCAAAACAAGCUUCGAAGAUCCGUAAACAUCCUAGUCGGAAACAAAAGCACACGCCAACCCUCGACCAUCGUCAAAUGGUUUAUCCCGCGUACCUCGACUCGCUUGAGCCGAUACAUUUCCCACUGCUCGAGAGACAGGUCAAUCCAAUGUCUAAAAUUCAUACAACCGAAGGAACAAAUUGA